AUGGCGAAUAUCAUGCUGGGAAAAGCGGCUGAAGUUAAGUUAUCCCAAAUUCCUCUUUCAAAUGACACCAUCAGCGACAGAAUAGAGGACAUGAGCAAAGACAUCUUGGCUCAAAUAGUUGCAGAUCUGAUUUCAAGCCCGGCAAAAUUCAGCCUUCAACUCGACGAGACCACAGACGUCUCCAAUCUAAGCCAGCUUGCAGUAUUCGUGCGCUAUGUGAAAGACGACGUGAUAAAGGAAGAGUUUUUAUUUUGUAAGCCUCUUACAACAACAACUAAGGCAGCCGAUGUGAAGAAACUUGUGGAUGACUUCUUCAAAGACAACAAUCUUUCGUGGGAUAUGGUUUCUGCAGUUUGUUCGGAUGGAGCUCCAGCCAUGCUGGGAAGAAAGUCUGGUUUUGGUGCGCUAGUGAAAGCCGAUGCACCACACAUCAUUGUUACGCAUUGUAUUCUGCAUAGGCAUGCAUUGGCAACAAAAACCUUGCCUCCAAAACUGGCAGAAGUAUUAAAAAUUGUAGUGGAAUGUGUGAACUAUGUGCGAAAUAGUUCUCUGAGGCACCGCAUCUUCAGGGAGCUGUGUAAAGAAACGGGAUCUGAAUUUGAGGUACUUCUGUACCAUUCCAACGUUCGGUGGUUAUCCCGGGGACAGGUGUUGAAUCGUGUUUUUGCCGUGCGUGUGCAAGAGCAUCAACAUUGUCAUGCAGAUUGCUUCAAAGAUUCUGAGUUCAUUCUCAUUUUAGCGUACAUGACUGAUAUCUUUGCAGCUCUAAAUCAUCUCAAUCAACAGAUGCAGGGCGGUGGAGUCAACAUCAUCGAAGCGGAAGAAAACCUGAAGGCUUUUCAAAAAAAGCUACCGUUAUGGAAACGACGAAUAGAGAACGAUAACUUCGCAAACUUUCCCCUGCUAGACGACUGUGUAAGUAAGAUCGAAGAUGUAUCUGGAAUCAGAGACAUUUCUCUACCCACGGAACUGAAGCAAGCAAUUGCCACGCACUUAGAUGAGCUUGCAACGUCUCUUGAUGGAUACUUCCCUACAAGAGAGUCAUAUCCAGCAUGGGUGAGACAGCCGUUCACAUUUAGUGUUGAGACAACAGAUGUCAAUGAUGAAUACUUCGAUGAAAUCAUUGAACUUCAGCAGAGCCAGGUUCAACAGCAACUCUUCAGAACAACAACGCUCUCAACGUUUUGGUGUCAACAAAUGGUAACGUACCCUGUUAUUGCUAAGAAAGCUCUGGAGUUUUUCAUACCGUUUGUUACAACAUAUCUUUGCGAGCAAUCCUUUUCAAGGAUGCUGGACAUAAAAACGAAGAAAAGGAACAGACUUUGUUGCGAAAAUGACAUGAGAGUGGCACUUGCCAAGGUAAAGCCGCGCAUUUCUGACCUGGUCUCUGAAAGGCAACAGCAGAAGUCACACUGA